AUGCGCUAUGCAGAUCGUAAAUUCGUUGAAACGUUCGUGGACGAAGUGGCUGCUUGGACGAAUAACGCAUACGGUGCUUUAAACAUACCAACCAGCCGAGUCGUGUAUGUGCAUGGGUCAAUAGAUCCGUGGCACGCCCUCGGAAUGACAACAACCGAAAAUAAUGAUUCUCCAGCUAUAUUCAUAAAGGGUACAGCUCACUGUGCUAAUAUGUAUCCAGCAAGCGAUGACGACAUCGCUAAUCUGAUAGAGGCUCGGUUGGAAGUGCAACAGUACUUGGACGCUUGGAUCGACCUCCCC